AUGAUCGCCGCUUCAAUGUCGCCAAAAACAGUCUUUUUUAUCAUUUUUGGGCUACUCGUAGCGAGUGCCAUCGCCACUGACGAGGUUCUGUACCCGGAUGUUGUCAAAUCUCUGAAGUCCAGCCCGACAGAGCUCGACAAGCUCAAGAUACUGCCAGACGACAAGGAUUGGACCUUCAACUACUUUUCGCAUGCAUUCCACACCAACAGCCCCGGCGGUGUGGUCAACGCCAACGCGGCCACUUUCCCAGCAACUGUUGGCAACGGCAUGAGCAUGGCCUGGAUCAGCCUCGGCCCUUGCGCCAUGCUGCCACCUCACUACCAUGCCAGGGCCUCCAACUACGUCGUAUCGGUUGAAGGGACUACCGAGACAUACAUGACUCUGGAAAACGGCGCACGCGUCGUUAAGACGCUGCUGGAGCCUGGGAUGAUGACUCUUUUCCCGCAGGGGAGUCUACAUACUAUGUCCAAUACUGGCUGUGGAAACGCUACCCUCAUCUCAGCUCUCAGUUCGGAGGAUGCCGGGACACAUAACGUCGCGAAUGGCUUGUUCGAUCUCCCUCAAAGUGUGGUUGCCGCCGCAUUCGGAGGGAAUCCUCUGUCCGCCAAGUUCGUCCAGCUCAGACGCGACAUUCCGGCUGUCGGUACCGGCGCCUCUAUUGGGUCUGCCGAAUGCCUGAAACGAUGCGAGGCUCAAGGCUCCAAGUAG